AUGACUCAUCUGGAUGAUCCUUCUCAACUGGACGCCGUAUUCUUGAAUCUUGGUAAAAUCCAUGCGAAGCAUGAGGAGCAACUCGGAUUUAGGUGAGAAUUAUUUCAGUUCUCUCUAAAUGCGUGUUUUCAGUGCUCACUACUGGUCAGUGUUCAAGGAGUGCGUCCUAUUCCAUUUUCGCAAAGCCAUGAAAGCCAAUAACAAGUUGUUCGAGUCAUUUAAGCAUAUCGGACGCCGAAAUUUUGUUUUCAGAUUCUCGAAGAAAUCUGAUAUGUCGUUCGCCGAGAUAGACUCAGCCAUCAUACUGUGGCGGGAGGUUCUCCGAUUUAUAAUUGAUCGUAUGAAAGUGGGAUAUUCCGAAACGGGCGCCAUACGGAAGGCCAAUAAACAGGCGAGGUACCUUAAACUUGUCCAAGUAAAAAGAAAAUGUUCAGAUCAUAAAUGGCCAGCACUCGAUCUCAGCUGAUGACUCCGGGCUGUCAUCUGGACUUUCCGUUGAGACGAAGCAAGAUCUGACUCAGGUACAAUCGUUUGGUUCCAAACACAUCCAUCGCAUGGCUCGUCAUUCUGUGGCCGUUAUUCGUCCAGCACCCUCGACUGGCACUCCGAUCUCGACCAGCGAGUCGACGACGACGUGCAAUCUGCUCAAAACGAUCGCAGCUAUUUCCCCGAAAUGUGUCCGACGGCGAUUUUCCUUGUCACCGCGCUCGCAUGUUUGAAGAUCAGAUACUCUUAGAAAACCUUGUACGGAUUUGAAAACUUCUUUAAAAAAUCUCUUCCUCGUCUCGAUAUUCAACUUCUAGAACUAAUUUCCUUAUCUCCUUAAUCCUCACGGUUCAAACAUUAUGAACGUCUUCCGCUCCAAUCUGCUUCAUUCUCUUCCGGGUAUGGUCCCGACAGACUUAUGUCACUCGCAUCUACUGUCGUCUGUCACAACCAGUGAUGUUAUGCUAUCUCUUACGUUCCAGGCACUUCGCAGACGAGAACUCUCCAUUAUCGUACCGGAAUAUUUCAUUUGCCGUAGAAAGUCAGAAGCUGAAGUUUCAGAUGAAACCUCCUCUCCUUCAUAGCAGGCAAUGAAAUUACAUCUCUACCCGUAUUUAUGAUGAAUAAAUGUUUUUGUAAUAAAUUGAGCUGUCACGUUUCUAUGGAGUUUUCUGAGAAAAGGUUUGACGUAAAACUGUUCUCUUUUUUUAAAUUUUUUUUAUUCUCUUCGCCCGGUUGUUUAUCGGCUAUGACUGUCUGUGCGAUUAAUAUUGGACGAAAAUUUUUUUAGUAAAUUUUUCCUUUGGAAGAUCUUCAUUGUCUCCGCGGUUCAACCGGGGUGACCAUAUUUUGGGGUGACCAUAUUUGGAAUAACCUUAUUUGGAAUGACCUUAUUUGGAAUGACCAUAUUUGGAAUGACCUUAUUUGGAAUGACCUUAUUUGGAAUGACCAUAUUCGGAAUGACCAUAUUUGGAAUGACCAUAUUCCGAAUGACUAUAUUUGGAAUGACUACAUUUGGAAUGACCAUAUUCCGAAUCAUAUUUGGGGUGACCAUAUUUUGGGGUGACCAUAUUUGGAAUGACCAUAUUUGGGAUUCACGGUAUUUCCCUGGUUCGCGGGGUUCGCUUUUGGCUGACCUGUCACUUUUUUCUCUGCGUCUCUCGUUCUAGCACACUCUCUCGUUGAUGGGCAUAAUCUGCUCCCCUAUACUACUCAUCUCAUUAAUUAAUUCUUCCUCAAUAUUGGUCUUAGUAUCCAUAAGAAUGUGCUCAUGAAAGAUCACUUUAUCAUCUAAAAAGUUGAGAUCAAAAUCAUUAAAACUCUUGAGAUUCACAAUCUCUUCGCUUCUAGGAAGUUUACCGAAGGAAGUUUUUCCUAAUGGGGCUAUUCAGACUGUGAAAAAAAUGAUUGUUUUCCGUUUUUUUCGUUUUUUUACGUCAAAAAAUCUAAUUCAGCGAUGUAAAAAAACGAAAAAAACGGAAAACAAACAUACGCUGAAUAGCCCCAUAAAGAACUGGAAAUAAUUCCUUGUGAAUAAGACCAAAUCUUAUCUCCAAGGGAUCGUAUUCUAAUGGGUAUUUGUUCUUGAGUAAGAGCUAAACUUCCUUCUAUUCCAAAAUGAGUUAGAUCUAUAAAUUCAAUCUCUUCAUCUCCUAAAGAUUUACAAAAUGUUACUUCUACAACAUCGUACAACCAAUAAAUGAAAUGUGGAAACAUGUAAAAUAAUAAGCAAUGAUUUUUGACGACGAUGCUCCUUCUGUUCGUUAGCAAUCUCUAUCCAUUAUGAAUCGCAUUUAUUGUGACAAGGAAUAAAAAAGUGAAGUUUGCAAAAGACGGUCGACCGGAUUUCGAGAUUUACGCUCGAUUAGAGCGCCAAAUCUCCGAUCGAAGCUUCUAAAACUGUUUAUCUGCCUUCGAACAAACAAUUGUUCAAUUUUGCGUGACGGUGUUGCACAGUGUGGCGCGCUUUCCCUUUUCCGACCUUUUGUCACUUUUUUCCGACCUUUUCGUAUAUUCUUCUGACCUUUUCGCAUAUUUUUCUGAUCUUUUGUCAUUUUCUUCCGACCUUUUGUCACUUUAUUCCCACCUUUUUGUCACUUUUUCCGACCUUUUGUCAUUUUUUUCCGUCCUUUCUGCACUUUUUCCGACCUUUUGUCAUUCCGACCUUUUGUCUUCCGACAUUUUUGAUUUUGCGACCUUUUGUCACGGACUCGUGUUUAGGCUAUGCCUAGGGAGCGCAAAGGAGGGGGCGCGGCCUGACGAAUUUUCUCCCGAUUUCCGCGCGCGCAUGUUUGACGGUCUGUAGUGAGGUCCCCAAAUGACGUACCAUACCCAAAACGGUUUACUUUAUGUAAUCGACCAUGCUGAAUCCAAUGUACAACUCAGUUUCUCAUGAAAACUUACCGUUCUCUCAAAAAAACGCGAAAACGAAAAUGAAAGUCAGUCUGAGAGCCCGUGUGGCCACAUUUAUGGCUACACGCGGCUAAUUUUCAGAUAUUUUACAGUUCAAGUGAUGGGGAAUCCGUUUUUGAAGUCAGAAUCGGAAUAGCUGUUGUCCGUUUUUUUUUACAGACCCUCAAACUAGAACAAAAAAUUGUGAAAAAUUUUCAGCGAUGACCAUACUUUUUUAUUUUUGGAAUCGAUAGAUAAACUCCUUGAGAACCCAAAUAUAAAUUUUCAGAGCCCAAGACCCCCUGGGAGAAUUUUUAUGUUCAUUUGAAUGGAGCUUGCUCGGUCAAAAUUUUAGUUUUCGGGGGAUUUGAGAGUCAGAAGUACCAUACACGCGGCCAAUUUUUACACCAUCGGAUUCAGCAUAAAAUUUCCGACCGAUCCAUGCUAAAUAUUUUCAUUUAGCUGUUGUCCGAAAAAAGUUACAGUCAGUUAUGUUUUGGAUUUCAGCCCGCAAAAGCACUAAUUUCACCAUUAGAAGGGGCCGCGCACACCGAACUUUUCAACGCCAUUGGCGGUCGGCGCGCCUUCGCCCGAUUAGCGCAGUGGCAGAGUGCUCACUCGGCAGUCUGGAGGUGUCGGGUUCGAAACUUUUGACCUCGAAAGAUGUUUUGCUUUUUUAGAACAUUAUUUUUCUUCAAUAUAUGUGUUGCCUCUUUGUUUUCAGCCACCAAACAGAGGCGAAAAACGCGUGCGGCGGACUUGCAGACGAGACUCCGCCCCCUCCUCUGCCGCCAACCGGGGAGAAAACAGGCCAACUUUGAAGGGGUGUAACUCGGGAUGUACCGAAAAUUUUGGAGAAAAAAGUUGGGAGCGUACUCAUAUAGAGUAGGGGAACACAUUCCAACAAGAAUUUUGUGGAAAUUCGGAGUUUUGCGAAACCCGUUGCGGUACCUAGCUAUGCCUUUACUAAAUAUCAGUGAUGGGAGCGAUGUAUUAUCCAUGCAUACCGAUAGCGACGAUGGACUAUCGCUUGAAACGUUAAAGUCUGGAUUUUCUGAUGCAACAAACUUAAUUAAUCCUGCUUAUGAAUCACGAAGGGUUCUACUGAGGUAUUUUCUUUUUUUUAAUCUUAAACAAAUAUUGUUUAGAUUUUGAAAUUUUUUUGUAUUUGAUUGAAAGAAUAUCUUAAUUAUAUUUUUUUAAAAAUUAUAUUUAUUUUUUUAGUAUCUCUGAUGGAAAAGUUAUUAAUCCGGAUGGAUGGGAUCCGAAUAUUACUUAUUUAGUUUAUAAUAGUUCGAGACCAUCAACACCAGCUGUUCAAGGUAUUUUAAAAAUAUUUUAUUGAUUUAUGUCAGUUUUUAAAUUAAUAGUCCGUUUUUUUAAAAUAUUUCACACCUUUUAUUGAUUUUUACAUUUUAAGAUUUAUUUUAAACAUUGUCAAUUAACUAUUUUUUUUAUUAAUUUCAGUUCCUUCACCGAUGAUGAUUGAUUUGCCCGCUUCUCCGAAUGAAGGUACUUUUUUAUCAUGAGUUCAAAGUAAUUUGUUGAUAUUAUAUUUUAGAACUAACAAUCGAACGAAUGAAAAAUUACGUUUACACCGUGGACGGAAUAGUUGCUUGCGCGACCGCGAUUACUGAUAAUGUGUUGGCUUCAUGUUAUCACUGUGUCAAGCAUUUUGUCACUAUUGGACCAAAUGCUGAUGAAAUUCAGUCUCAUCGAGAUGCUGUUAUUGAUCUCACACAUGCAAUGAAAGGUCAAAAAAUUCAAGUAAAGAUCCGUGCCUAUUCAAUUGAGAAAGAUAUUAUAUUGCUACAAUCUGACGAGAAUUUGAUGGUAAAUGAUGAACUCCAAUUUCGCCACGCAUAUUUUGGUCAACCUUAUUAUCUACUUGUCAGUUUUACACAUGAGCCCAUUUGCAUAAUCAUUAAUUAAUUUCUUUAGGGAACACCAAUUUCUGAUGAUGGUAAUCCUCUUCAAGUGCUAAGCGGCAGAAUCUCAGCCAAAUUGGAAGGCAACUUAUUGUCCGUUGGCCAUUCUUUGCACGGACAUGGAUCGGCACGUCCUGGAGCGUCCGGUGGUCCAGUUUUUGGCCGACAAUUGCUUGCUGGUAAACCAUCGUUGUUGGGUAUUGUAGCUGCUGGCCAGACUAUUUCACACCAAACGAUGUUGAAAACAUUCAUUUCAGCUAAUUAUGUAAAAAUUAUUUCUACUGGAACAUUGCAUGAUGCUUAUUUGUUGUCGGAAACAGGCCUCUUUAAGUUGAAUUAAUAAAUUAUUUGUUGAUGUUGUAUACUAGUGUUGUCUUUUCUUUUCAGAAAAGGACGGUUCUUUAGUUUAUUUUUCUCGGAAUUGUUUUCGUGAUUGGCUUAGUCUCGGCGAGACUAAGCACCAGAUGAUGAUGGGAAUGUGCCCAAAAAAUCCAAACACUCGUUUCGAUACGAAAAUGUUUAUUGGAGCUAAAAUCACAAAACAAACAGUAAAAUUAAACGUAAGAACAAUUCGAAUGCCGGGACGCAGCCUUAUAUAGGUUCCCUAACAUAAACAAAAAAUGGGGAAAUGGGGGGAGCUUCGAUUGAGUCCUGGCACCGAUGAAUGGGGCUUGGGAAUGGGACGAUGAGCUUCAAUUGAGUCCUGGUGUCGAUGAAUGGGGAAUAGGAACGAGACGAUUUGUUGUGGUCGACGGUGUCGGGCGGUACCAUUCCGAUUCGUCUGCGUCCUUUUGGUUCCAUAACAUCAACCGAGUCAAUGAAGCCGAACCGCGACCAAGGAAUCAAUGGAAGACCAUCCACUGAUGGUCUACCGUAUCUUCCUCUCGCGUUUGACGCGACAAGUGUGAUAAAAAGCAAUCUGAGUUUUUGUGAGUUGAUAGAAAAGACUUGAUUAUCGAUGAUUUUGAGAUGUAAAUAAUGUAUUAUUGCGGAUUUUAGUCUAAAUGUACUCUAAAAAUUCAAAAGUGGGCAAAAUGGUCACUUCUACGUCCAGCCUAAAAGUGUCGUUUUUCAAAAAUGACUGAUUUUCGAUGAGCUUAGACACUUUUUUGAUGAAAAUAAGCCUUAAAAUAGUCAAAAAGUGCAAAAAACGUCAUUUGGGCAAAAUGACCGUCCAGCGUCAACCAUUUGUAUACUACUGCGUUUGAAGCAUACUCUUUGGAAGAAACUAGUAUUCAUGUAGUGUAAGAUCCUCAAAUCUUCACUUUUCUACUCUCCUAUAUUCAGCCAUUCUAUUCCGUCUGUUCAUUCCCCCUUUAUUGGAAUUGGAAUCCCCGUUGUCCUUUCGUUCGAAUCUCACGAGACUCGUCAACAUUUUAGAAGACUUCCAUUUUUGUUCGGUUUAAUGUCUUCACAACUCUUCCACUUCCAUUUUUUCGAUAGUCUUCUAACCAAUAAUCAUCUACCGUAGUCUGCUCCAUUUGAACUUCAACACCAGUUGGUCAUCUUUUUUCGCAUGUAGAGUCGUUAAUAACUGCCUUCUCGAGUUUCCUGCCAAAAUUUUUAUUUUGUGGCAAUAAAACUUCAAAAAGCGAAAAUAAUUCACGAACGGAGCACUCGAUUUUAUCUAUGCUCUUUCCCACCAUUUUUUGUUCUCAUUCGGCGAAUGGACGGAAGAAUCUUCGGCAUUUAAUUUCCAUGGUACAACAAUUUUAGGGCACAACAGGGUACAACUUUUUCAAUUUUAGGGUACAACCAGACUUGCAACGGGCCGGGCUUUAAAAAAAUUUUACAAGUCCCGUUCAGCCAGAAAUGUUAUUUGAACAAAAAAAAUUUUUUUUCACCAGUUCGACGAGCUUUCUAUCCAUUUUCGAGUUCGAAACUGACUGUUCGCGAAGCCAUCUUUAUCACUCGAAAACGUCUCCUCGCGCUUUUUUCAUCGAAAAUUAGGAAAAAAUCGUGGAAAAUUCGCACACGCGUACAUGUUUAUUAAAGGACCAGGGAACCCAAAAAUUUUUUUAUGUUUUUGUGAAAUGUUUUUGUGACUGUUUGAAUUGUCUCUUAUUGCCUCAUACACUGGUGAAAUGCUGCCUCUCAAAAAUGCCAAUGAACGAAACGGCAUGCAGUUGAAGUUGUGGCCGUGGCCUAGCGCCAAUGGCCGAAAAAAAUAUAUAAAAAUAUGCGCUUCUCGGCCAUUUUAUUUUUUUCUGCUUUUUUUUACCGGUUUUUCCAAAAAAAUUCACGGUUUAUCCCAUUUUUUUCAGUUGAUUGACAUUUGUUCGGCACUUACUUAUUUUUUCACUGCUAAAAAAUUGUUUUCAUUCAGUCGAUAUGAAGUGCCAAAAUGGGAGAAACCGUGAAUUUUUGCAAAAAAACCGGUAAAAAAGCGGAAAAAAUAAAAUGGCCGAGAAGCGCAUAUAUUUUUAUAUAUUUUUCGGCCAUUGGCGCUAGGCCACGGCCUCAACUUCAACUGCAUGCCGUUUCGUUCAUUGGCAUUUUUGAGAGGCAGCAUUUCACCAGUGUAUGAGGCAAUAAGAGACAAUUCAAACAGUCACAAAAACAUUUCACAAAAACAUAAAAAAAUUUUUGGGUUCCCUGGUCCUUUAAAAAAAUCAGUUCAUUGGAGAAAAAGUAAAAGAACAGAGGUGUAAAGCGAUAUGAAGAGAGACAAUGAGAAAAUGCUAAUCACGAAUCUCGCAGUGUGUGCUUUUGAAAUCUUAAAAUUAUUAAACUGUCUAAGUCUCAGUAAUUUUGAUUUUGUAGUGAUUGAGAUGGUAAAGUAGUUGAGAUAAAUGAAGUAAUUGAGAAAUUGUAGUAGUUGAGAUAUGGAGAAGUAAUUGAGAGAAAAGGAGUAAUUGAGGCAAUAUAGUAAUUGAGGCGAUAUAGUAAUUGAGAGAAAAGAAGUAGUUCAGCAUGUAGUAAUUCUGUGUUUGCCUGAAAUUUUGGAAACAAAGGAACGUCAUGCUUUUGUAUGUUGUUUUGAGUUGGAAUGAAGGUUUUGAAUAAGCCACAAAAAAUGCAAAAAACCAUGUUGUUGUGCCCCAAAAUUGCAAGAAAUUGUGCCCGAAAAUUAUGAAACAAUUAUACCCCAAAAUUGUUGUGCCCUCGAAUUGUUGUACCCUAAAGUGUAUUUUAAAAAAUUGUACCCUGAAAUCGAUGAAGUUGUACCCUAAAAUUGAAAAAGUUGUACUCUGCUGUGCCCUAAAUUUGUUGUACCAUCGAAAUUAAAUGCCAGAAUCUUCAACCUCAAGAUGAUGUGGUGAAUUGAGAAAAGAAAAUAGUUAUAAACGAAAUUUAUGCAGUCCUCCGCGCCGAAAAUUAUGAAAGAGAUUUUAUAAUUUGCAUAAGAUUUGCAAUUCAGUUAUAUUUGUCACUUUUACUCGCUUCCAUCGAAACUGUUAGUACAUUUUCCAGUAUCAAGAUGAUGGAAUCACUUUCUCACCUCACGCCAACAGAUCGAGAAAUUCUGAACAAGUCGUGGGCAAUCGUGUCAAAGUGAGUACCACUCUCAAACCAUUGAAUCCCAUUCAUCUCAGAGACAUGCAACAAGUGGCUGUCAAUAUAUUUCAAAUGAUUUUUGAACAAGCUCCAGACGCGAAGCUUAUGUUCUCAUUCAUGAUGAAAGACUACAAGUGCGUUAGACUUCAGAUGCUCAAUGACUGUUCUCUUUCUACAGGGAGGACAAGAAAAGUAACGAGUUUAUCUUUCACGCAGUCCGAUUUAUUCAAGUAAUUGAAUCCACAAUGACUCAUCUGGAUGAUCCUUCUCAACUGGACGCCGUAUUCUUGAAUCUUGGUAAAAUCCAUGCGAAGCAUGAGGAGCAACUCGGAUUUAGGUGAGAAUUAUUUCAGUUCUCUCUAAAUGCGUGUUUUCAGUGCUCACUACUGGUCAGUGUUCAAGGAGUGCGUCCUAUUCCAUUUUCGCAAAGCCAUGAAAGCCAAUAACAAGUUGUUCGAGUCAUUUAAGCAUAUCGGACGCCGAAAUUUUGUUUUCAGAUUCUCGAAGAAAUCUGAUAUGUCGUUCGCCGAGAUAGACUCAGCCAUCAUACUGUGGCGGGAGGUUCUCCGAUUUAUAAUUGAUCGUAUGAAAGUGGGAUAUUCCGAAACGAGCGCCAUACGGAAGGCCAAUAAACAGGCGAGGUACCUUAAACCAGACUUGCCAAAUCCCGGGCCGGCCCGGUUUUGGCCCGGCCCGGUCGGCCCGGCUCCGCCCACUCUUGAGAAAAUUUUCGUAAUUUUUGUGAAAAUUUUGCGACUUUAAACAGCAAUUUCUAUUUUUUAACAGGUUUUUAUGCUAUAACAUUGCCUUUUUAAGUCUAUAAAAUUUUAAGUCUAUAAAAUUAUGUUCGUUUCGAAGUUCUAGUUCGCUUUGAAUUUUUAGGUGCAUCCCAAAAUUUCCAAUUUUGGCCCGGCCCGGCCCGGCCCGUUGCAAGUCUGCCUUAAACUUGUCCAAGUAAAAAGAAAAUGUUCAGAUCAUAAAUGGCCAGCACUCGAUCUCAGCUGAUGACUCCGGGCUGUCAUCUGGACUUUCCGUUGAGACGAAGCAAGAUCUGACUCAGGUACAAUCGUUUGGUUCCAAACACAUCCAUCGCAUGGCUCGUCAUUCUGUGGCCGUUAUUCGUCCAGCACCCUCGACUGGCACUCCGAUCUCGACCAGCGAGUCGACGACGACGUGCAAUCUGCUCAAAACGAUCGCAGCUAUUUCCCCGAAAUGUGUCCGACGGCGAUUUUCCUUGUCACCGCGCUCGCAUGUUUGAAGAUCAGAUACUCUUAG